UGUCAGCUUUUCGCACGAAAUUAGUAAUAAGAUAGCUGCCCGGGAAGUGCUUCGCAGACGAAGAAUAACAUGGAAGAAGAAAAAACAACGUCGCCAUCCCUGCAGCAAGCGGAGAACGAGUCCGCAGGCGAAUUGGAACAGCAGGCGUCGGUUGUGGAAAUGCAGGACAACACCUAUGAUAASGACAGUGAAAAGAGCAAUCUGAUUGUUGCCCAUGGGGAAGGGAGAAAAGAAGAAACUAGCGAAACAGCAAUAGAACCAGAACCAGAUACAAGAGCAGAACUAGGAAAAAACACGGCAACAGAAAGCGGGACUGCAGCAGAGGCUUCUAGGUCUCUCCAGUCCUCGUCAUUGUCCUCAUCGUCGUUGCUGUCGGACCAAGACCUCGCCGUUUUUGGAACACUGAACACCCAGCUGGCGGACGCCCUUGCCGAAAAGAUCGAAGCCGCCAUUUCGAAGGGAGUGGAUUCCCUUCCGUUGCUGGACGGCGACUGCUACCGGUCCGGAACUGCCAGACAAAGCACCGGAAGCGACGGUGGCAACGGCAGCGGGCACCCMAAAUCCCCCAAGGAGCGAUUGUGGGAGACCCUUCGGUACAGAUUCGUGCGCAACGUGGACGUACUGGAAGCCUAUUGUGCCCAGCACCUCCUGACGCUGAGAAAGCAUCCACCGGCGAGGCGCAAACGGAUCGUAGCCGUUCUGCGGUACGGGCCGGGGGCACUCGAGCCCCUGUCGGAAGCCGYGGCGUCGGAGGAUCUUCCGCAAGAAAAGUACCCGUCCCUCUCCGAGCUUUCUAGCGAAGAAGAGCGAACGAAGGUCUCCGGCGACAUUGCCCGCCUCGAGGCCGACAUCGAGAAGGYACGCAGCCGGCGAAACGAGCUCCUGGCGGCCCUCGAGUCGACAAGGCGCGCCGGAGACCRCCUGGCGGGGGUGRCCGAAACCAUCYCGGGGGCCUCCCUUGCCUCCGUGAAGCAAGAGGUUUCCGGUCUGGUCGAAGGGGGCCGCGCCCUGGGGCCAUUGAACGACGAAGCCAGGGAUCUCCUYGGAACACUCGAGGGUAUCAAGCGGGACCGCAGCAGCCAAGAGACAAACGACAGCGGCGACGAAACCUUUGACUUUGAGCAGCAGGACGAUCCACUGUCUCGCGGGGCCCUGGUCCAAAAACGACGAAAGGCCCUGGCGCCCRUGGAGGCCUACCGUCGCGACAAGCGGGAGCUCGGCCUCCUCACGGACUCCACCAAUACCGGAAGCAACACGGGURUCGAUGACGGYAGCGCCGGUAUCAACCUCCUAAAGAGCGUUCGAGACAGGCUGGUGGCCUCCCGGCCGUUGCCGACAAAACCCUCGUGAUGCAUGCCAAACUAGUUUGCACUGUAUGCAGUAUUUAGGGGCAACACUGCACUGCACUGCAACGAAAAACCAUUUAUAAAUUUUGUUACGGCCG